CUACACUUUUGCGAAUGUUUAACAAGUUCGCCAUUUUAGCAGAACUUAACUCAAAGGAGCGUGCAUCCAUGAGUCACUUUGGUUAUUUUGCGUAUUAGUUUUCGGAUUAUUGAUUGCUUCGUGCAUUCGAAUAAGAUGCGUGAACGGGUUUCGGUGAAUCUACCAAAUGAAACAGUGGAAAACUUCGAGUGCACCGUGUCAGAGCUUCAGAGUCUCAUGCAGUUACGUGGAGCUGAUGCCGUUGAAGUGCUUGCAAAGAAAUACAAUGGUGUUGCUGGACUUUGCAAAAGACUAAAAACGGUGCCAACAAACGGUAUAUCAACCAGGGAGAUCAAUCGAAGGAGACAAGUGUUUGGGACCAACGUUAUUCCGCCAACCCCGCCCAAAAGCUUUCUACAACUAAUGUGGGAAGCGCUACAAGAUGUGACGUUGAUUGUUCUUAUGGUCGCAGCUGGCGUGUCGUUACUGCUGGCACUUUACAGCAAAUAUUUUGGCGGUGAAAAUACUGAUGCUGAGGAUGAAGAAGGUGAGGUUAGUUGGAUCGAAGGCGUGGCUAUCCUGUGCGCCGUUGUUGUCGUUGUCCUGGUCACCGCAACUAACGACUGGCAGAAGGAACGACAAUUCCGAGGAUUGCAAGAAAAAAUCGAAUCAGACCACCGGAUGUCUGUGCUCAGAGAAGGAGAGAUAACAGAAAUUCUUGUUGGUGACAUAGUUGUCGGCGAUAUUUGCCUGGUGAAAUAUGGCGAUUUAUUACCUGCGGAUGGAGUGAUCAUCCAGAGCAAUGACUUGAAGGUGGAUGAAAGUUCUCUAACUGGGGAACCAGAUCACGUGAAAAAAGGGGAGACGAUCGAUCCUAUGCUUUUAUCCGGUACCCACGUCAUGGAGGGCUCUGGAAAAAUGGUCAUUACGGCUGUUGGGGUGAACUCGCAAGCUGGAAUCAUCUUCACUUUACUUGGAGCAGCCGAAGGUGACGGAGCUUCCGUUCCACCUCCACUCUCGGCAGACUUUCAAGAGGAAAGCGCAUGUGUGAAUUCUAACAAUGAUCCGAACGGCUUGGAAUUAGCUUCUGCCCAGCAUAACGUUGGACGCGAUACUCCUACUUAUAUGCUGAGCGACAUGGAGGACGCUGUCAAAAGAGGCGGGGGGCGUGUUGUCUUUCGUGGAGACGUAGAAAUGGACAAAUUGACAGCAACCGGUGACCAUACAGAGCGUUGCAACCGAUCGACAAUCGCAAUGGAGAACGGAGCCAGUGGUGGCGACACUAAAGAUUUAAAUGAGACCAGUCUCGAUGCGGCGACGAAGCCAAGGAAGCGCAAAAAGAAGUACUCAGUUUUACAAGCCAAGCUAACUCAUCUUGCCGGCUUGAUCGGUCAAUUAGGCACGGUGGUCGCCAGUCUUACUGUGAUCAUCUUGGUGGUGAAAUUUUCUGUGCAGACGUUCUACUUUGACAAAGAGCCUUGGGACACUGGGCGCCACUUGCAUCAGUUUGUACGAUUUGUGAUCAUCGGUGUCACAGUGUUGGUGGUCGCCGUUCCCGAAGGAUUACCACUAGCUGUGACCAUUUCGCUUGCUUAUUCAGUGAAGAAGAUGAUGCGGGACAAUAACCUUGUGAGACACUUGGAUGCGUGCGAAACCAUGGGCAACGCUACUGCCAUCUGCUCCGACAAAACAGGUACUCUGACCACAAAUCGCAUGACCGUGGUUCAGUGCUGUUUCGGUGGAAAAUUCAUUCAAAAAGAAGAUCAGCUUCCAAAAUUAAAGGAUUUGCAUCACCUCACAGGACGCCGGCUAACUCAUGCAGUAGCCAUUAACAGCAGUUACACCUCAAGAGUCACGGUUUCCCAUGAUGUAGUUGCGAGCUUAUGCGUAAAGAAACUGUCACCGGAGUUAUUCGUCAAAGAGGAUUUGAACACGGUUGUUGAGCUGUGA